GCAUAACAACCCGCCUGUACUGUACCUAGUAUGCUUAGCCAUACAUACCUAACAGGGCGGUUUUACACUGGACUAAUACCGCAGAAAGUCUCUGUCGAACCUUAUCCCCCUCGUUAAAGAAUGUAGACUACUUAACGAAGCGCAUCUCUGCAAUUCGGUGUGCUUGAAUUUCAUUCCUGCAAAAAAAUUAAAAGAGAGGAGGAGGCUACAAUGACGUGAUGAGCUUUUUCAAGAGUCCAACCUAGGCAAGCUAUCUUUAUCGCGACCGACCACACUUCACUCCUCCACGCACGCGCGGUCGAAAAUGGCAUACCGUUUCUUCUUUUUCUUAUCAAUUUUGUCCGCAAGCGUCUGCGUAGCGGAUGAUGCGGAAAUCAUCGACCUGCACAAGUCUCUAGUCUCAAUCCAGUCUACCACCAAGACAGGCGAUCCACAAACAGACGAGCGAAAUGUCCAGACAUUCAUCGAAACCUGGCUGAAGGAGACGGCCGAAAAGAACAACUUCAGAAUUAACAUUGAACGUCAACAAGUGACCGAAGGUCGUGACAAUCUUUACGUCUACACAGGUACGGAGAGGUCGACUUCUGUCAUGAUGACUUCCCACGUCGACACUGUUCCUCCACAUUUCGGGUACAGAGUCGAGGGGGACAAGAUCUACGGCCGAGGCGCGAACGACGCCAAGGGCUGCGUUGCCGCCAUGAUGAUCGCCUUUAGAGACCUCAUUAUCAACAAACAAGUCAAGGAGGAAGGCGACCUCUCUCUCCUUUUCGUCGUGGGCGAAGAGAUUGGCGGGGAGGGCAUGACGGAGGUGCCAAAGCUCGGUUUGACUUGGGAUACGGUCAUCUUCGGCGAACCGACGGACAGCAAGCUCGCCUCGGGCCAGAUUGGAGGCAUGGUCUUCAACAUCACCACCCUGGGAAAGACAGUACACUCGGGGUUCCCUGAGCUUGGUAUAAACGCCAUCGACUGCCUCCGCAUCAUAAUGGAUGCCCUGCACCUGGUUUUGGAUGGGCUCGAUUCUAACCCAAAAUACGGGCAGAACAGCUUGACUAUCGCGCAGAUCCGUGGAGGAGUGGCUGAUAACGCCGUUCCCCCUAGCGCGUGGGUAUCCGGCUCCUACAGGCUCACUGUCAGCCCUUCCCAGGUGGUUGAGAAAAUUGGCCGCCUUAUCAAUGAGAAAGCAUGCCCUAAAACGCAGUACGACCCCAGCGACCCGGAUAAACCCUGCAAGUCGGUUGUGGUCAAGUAUCCUCUGCAGGAGGACCCUCUGGAUAUCGAUCAUGACGUUCCAGGUUUUGAAACGUUUGGAGCUCGAUUUGGGUCAGACAUAUCUUUAUUGAAGGGCCAGCACCAUAAAUAUCUCUUCGGGCCUGGCAGCAUUUUAACGGCCCAUAAACCUGAUGAGUUUGUGACAAAACAGGAGCUCGUUCAAGCAGUAGACGGGUAUAAGAAGAUCGUCCAGUUUCGACUCCAGGGCGAGACCAAUGCUAGCUAACAACCGAUGAGGACGUAUUUAAUCUAAACCAAGAAGAGACUGAUUUACUUUAAUACAUAGCGACUUUACACUAUAGAGUGCAUAACCUUACUAU